AUGGAUAUAACUAGUUUUUCUCAACAGGAAGGAGAGACAUUGUAUGAAUUUUGGGAGCGCUAUCGGGAAUUGCAACGAAGAUGUCCUCAUCAUGGUUUACCAGAUUGGCUAGUAGUCCAAACAUUUUACAAUGGUUUCACCUAUCCAACAAAGACGCAUGUAGAUGCGGCAGCGGGAGGAGCAUUGAUGGGAAAGACAGCUGAGGAAGCUCAACAACUAAUUGAAGAAAUGGCUGCUAACUAUCACCAAUGGGCCAACGAAAGAGAUAAUACAAGGAGAACCGCAAGAGUAGUUGUUGCAUGUUGUACUACUUGUGGUGGAGAUCAUGAUGAUUCUAUAUGUUCUAGCAGCGAACAGGUUCAAUGCCUCAACAAUUACAACCGUCCACCCCAAAACAAUCCAUACUCUAAUACCUACAAUUCAAGAUGGAGUAAUCACCCGAAUUUUGGAUGGAAGGAUCAAGGGAACCAACAAAGACCAGUUAAUCCACCGGAUUUUCAAUCAAAACAACCACUUCCGGAGUCCAAACCAGUUUGGAAAUUGGCAAUUGAAAAGCUGACAAAUGUAUCAAAUGAUAAAAUUGAAAAGUUAGCCAGUGCCACUACUCAACGGUUUGAAAGAAUUAAAGGAAGAAUGGACAAACUCACCAAUAUGUACAGGAAUGUUGAAAUCCAAUUAGGGCAAAUAGCAAAUGCGGUAAACAAUCGCAACCAAGGGGAUUUACCUAGCAAGACUGAGGUGAACCCAAGAGAGCUUGUGAUGGCUAUAAACCUCCGUUGUGGUAAGGAAGUAGGUGAACUGCCGGUAAUUGAAUAUGAAAGAAGAGAAAACAAGCAGUUGAGUGAGUUAGGAGAGGACGGCCAGGAAAUCAUAGGGAAAGAAAAGAUGGAGGAAAAUGAACCACAAAUGGGAAAUACAACACCAAUUCCUCCACCGAUUCCUUCAUACGCAAAGUUUCUCAAGGAGAUAAUGACUAAAAAAAGAAAGUUAGUAGAUAGCGAGACAAUUGCAUUAACAGAAGAAUGUAGUGCCAUCCUACAAAACAAAUUGCCACCCAAGUUGAAAGAUCCAGGGAAUUUAACAGUUCCUUGUACUAUUGGUAAUGUAGAAUUCUCUAAAGCACUUUGUGACCUUGGUGCGAAUAUGGAAAAAGAUGUCAAUGUACCUAUUAUACUUGGUAGACCAUUUCUGGCCACCGCAGGUACAAUAAUAGAUGUUAAAUGUGGUAAGUUCAAGUUCCAAAUUGGUAAAGAGGAAAUGGAGUUUAAUCUAAGUAAAGUGGAGAAAUAUCCCUCUUUUAUUGACCAUGUUUAUUCUGUUGACAUAUGUGAUGAAUUGGCAUUAGAGAUGAGUCAAGUUAAUCUUGAUGAUGAUUCACUUGAACUUUGUCUUAAUGUAUAG